ACCAAAAAAUGAAAAAAUAUAAGCCAUGACCGACACCGACGGCUACGCGUCGUUGUAAAAUUGUGUUUUGAGUAAAAAUCGCGAUGGAAUCUUUAAAACAGUGCCACUGCUGCCUGCAGCGGCCUUCGGCGAAAGAUUUGAGCACACCGUACACUCAUCUCGGCGUAACGGAAAUAUAUUCGGCCAUGAUUGAAGAAUGUUUUGUGAUAAAAUUAACGUCAACCGCCCAUGGCGAGAGUGGUAUCUGUGAAGUGUGCCUGGAACGGCUACGGCAGGCUUGCCUCUUCAAGAUGCAGGUCCAGAACUGCCAAGCCGAGCUGUGGGAUAGGUUAGACGGAGGACUACGUGUGAAAGAAGAGAAUUGUGAAGAGCUGGUCGAUGAGCUACCCGAAGAUGAUGCUUGCAGCGAGUCUUCUGUAUCGUCCUCGGCUAGCGCGGCGCCCCUGUCCCUGCGCGCCAGGCAGCAGAUCGCGUUCGGGUGCUCCGUGCGGCUCGAGCGCCUCCGCAUCCCGACGGCACACCGCGAGAGCCAGCCGUGCCCCGUGACGUCACACCGCGAGAGCCAGCCGUGCCCCGUGACGUCACACCGCGAGAGCCCGCCGUGCCGCGUGACGUCACACCGCGAGAGCCAGCCGUGCCGCGUGACGUCACACCGCGAGCCAAGCUCCGUGACGUCACACCACAGGAAAAUAUCACACGCACACCAGUAA